UGUACAAAUGGUUUCAACCCUGGAUGUGAUUCGCUGUAUUUCUCAGCCUGCUCUCCUACAAUUCAACAAGCAACAAAUGCAAGAGAGAGGAAGAGUCCGUCAGAAAGUAUUAGAAAAGACAGAGAAAAAAAUAGAUUGUUGUUGAAAAAUUACAAUACAGCAUAAUAAACAGCCAGAUAAAACGGGGAACCAUUCCAACGCACUUUAAUUUUGUUUCGCUAGACACGGUAGCUCCUUCCACGAUAUGCUUGUGACUGCUAAGCUCGCUUGCUGACUGGCUAAGCUAAGUAGCUAGCUCAGUUCUAUCUUCUAAAAUACAUUUUCAAAUUUAGGUAAAACCCAAUUCAAGUGUACAUUACCACGAAUGCAGAUGGUAAUCUAACGAAGGGAUGAGUGCUGUGCAGUGUAUAUGACCAGCUGUCUCCAGCCUGAUGGGAGGACUCUGUGGAUAGCAGCAUCUUCAUCAGGACCCCAGGAGGAGAGCAGCCAUCCCGUCCCAGUCUCAUGUCCCACACCCCUUCCCUGCCAAGGAGGGCCGUUCAGAAUGAAGAAAAUCAGCCUUAAGACCAUCUGCAAGUCCCUCAACAUCAACAAGGGCAAGGAAGAAGGAGGGGGGGAUUUUGUCAUGCUCCAGCAGCCCUCGCCAGCGGUCGACUUCUCCAAGGAAGACUCUCUUUUCAGGGGCUGCUACACCAAAGAGCUGGCGGGCUGCGACCUUGGAGGGGGUGGUGGAGGAGUUGAAGAAGAGGAGAAGGCAGGACACAACAAGGGCCGUUCUAAGAGCGAGAGUCUGAUGGGUUCUUUGAAGAGGAGGCUGUCGGCCAAGCAGAAGGCCAAAGUCAAAGGGGGCUCCACAGCCAUGGGGUCAGUUGACGAUGACGAUACCUUCUCCUCCUCUGUGCCCAUCAGCUUCAACGAGGUCAAGGCCCAUCGGCCGUUACGAUCGGCAUCCCUCCGCAGCCACCAUUACAGCCCCUCUCCCUGGCCCCUGCGGCCUGUGAACUCAGACGAAGCCUGCAUCAAGAUGGAGGUGAAAGUUAAAGCCAUGGUCCACUCUCCGAGCCCCAGCCCCAACUUGAAUGGUGUGCGGAAGGAUUUCCACCACCAGGACUUCCAGAUGGAGGGCAUCUUUCAGGAGCAGGCCGUGAAGAACCUCCAGGAGCAGGCAGAGUCCCUGAAGAACCUCCAGCAGCCCCAAAACGGAGACCAGCUGCACCUGAACAUUGACGAACACGUGCCUGUAGUCUUGGGCUUCACGCCACAGGACUACAUCCAGUACACCAUGCCUUUAGAGGAGGGAAUAUACCCAGAGGGGUCCCACUCUGUCUCUCACUCCUUCUGCCUGGACGGGUCCCUGCCUAUGGAGGUGGUGACUGAGGCGGACAGUAGCUCUCUCCACGCUGAUCAGCAGAGUCAGGAAGACCAGGAUCUGGUGAGUAUGAACCUGCCAGUGGACCUCUUCAUGGAGUCUGUGAACGGCCUCCUCAUCGGCUCUAACUGCGUCAUGCUCCAGAGCUCCAGGGUCGAUGCCCAACACCCCCCUCCUCCCCCCCUGCCCCUGCUACCCAGCAACGAGAUCCCUAGGACUUGCUCUGGGUUCAGUGUUGCGUACAGCCACGUGGCGGAGCGGGUGAGGCACCACUUAAACUUUGACCCCAACUCGGCUCCGGGCAUGAGACUAGUGUAUGACUCAGUCCAGAGCAGCGGACCCAUGGUUGUGACCAGCCUGACCGAGGAGCUGAAGAAGCUAGCCAGGCAGGGUUGGUACUGGGGACCCAUAACACGCUGGGAGGCUGAGGAGAAGCUGGCCAACCUGCCCGACGGCUCGUUCCUGGUCAGGGACAGCUCGGACGACAGGUACCUCCUCAGCCUUAGUUUCCGCUCCCAGACCAAGACCCUCCACACCCGCAUCGAACACUCCAAUGGACGCUUCAGCUUCUACGAGCAGCCCGACGUGGAGGGACACACGUCCAUCGUAGACCUGAUAGAAUACUCCAUCAAAGAUUCAGAGAAUGGAGCCUUCUGUUAUUCUAGAUCUCGCUUACCAGGGUCCGCCACCUACCCCGUCAGGCUGACCAAUCCCGUGUCUCGUUUUAUGCAAGUGCGCUCCCUGCAGUACCUGUGUCGGUUUGUGAUCAGACAGUACACCAGGAUUGACCUGAUUCAGAACCUGCCUUUGCCCAACAAGAUGAAAGACUACCUGCAGGAGAAGCACUACUGACAGGGUUGACACUGACAGAUGGGACAGACAAUGCUAGCAACUUGCACUUUUGGGUUCAGUUUAAGAGAUUUAACAAAGGUUUACAGACAUCCAUCGUUUAGACAAGAUCGAUUGGGUUACAUUGGCUCUUUGUUUUUGCCCAGGGAUGUGUCCAAAAUGGAACCCUAUUCCGUAUGUUGCGCAGUACUUCUGCCAAAAACACUGGCUAUAAGUAGUGCAAUAAAUUGGUAAUGGUGAGCCAGUUCAGAUUUGCCCAAGGUGAUGUUUCUCAGUGUCCAGUCCCCAAUUUCACAGUUAAAGGGUUAAGUCGUUGUCGCUCAGACUCAGUUUCUGGCCAAACCUCCAGAGAUCUAUCAUAGAAUAUUGUAUACGAGUCUGUCACAGAAGUACAAAGCAUGAUUUAAGAAAACAUACUUUAUCAACAGUGAGAUAUGGAGUUAUUUCUCUCUCCAGUUGCUGUAGAAGACUGGAAACUCUAGAAUGGCAAGUUCAGCCGUCUGAAUAACAUCAAUAUUUUGCCUUCUGGCUCAAAUUUACAGAUUUAAAAUAAGGUUUCACUUAACUGGCUUAGGUUUGACAUCUUAAAAGGCUGCAGUGAAUUAAAUGAAAGAAAUAAAUGGGCUGAUUUUAGAGCGUGAUCCUUUUGACGCUUCAUUUAAACAUUUACUUGAAAGAUAUCCAACAACAACGCAGUGGGGCAUAUCUUCAGUGUCUUAAACUGAAGUAGAAGCACUGCAUUAAUGCAAUGCAGAGGCCAAAAGUAUUUUUAAGCAAUGUUUUUGUUGAAUUCACCCUGUGAAAUUAAGAGGACCUUUUUUUAUUUGCCAUCCGUCAAGUUGGUUAAUGACAACUGCUAGGGCUAAUAAGAAACGCAAGCUUUGUGUGGGUGCAUGUAGCCUGGACUAUUUAAUCCCGCCCACUGUAAAAGGUACUGUUAGGAUUAGUGAUGCACCGAUAUGACAUUUUUGACCGAUAUCUGAUAUUUUCCUUACCAAAAAAACACUGAUACCGAUAUUUCAAAUUUUUGUAGCCUUUUUAAGCAUUCUAGAACAGUUAAAUAGUUAACACACACACACAUGGGCGCAGCUGUCUAAGGCACUGCAUCUCAGUGCAAGAGGCGUCACUACAAUUUUGUUGGUAUUUACGUAUGUCCCCAUCACCAGUAAAACAUAA